GGUCGCCAGCCCAGCCAGAGUCACACAAUCUUAGGGUUUCAACUUAGUCGCCGUAGAAGCUAGUCUUUCCAGCCUAGAGUGCAGCUAUGGUUGGCUGGCGACCAUGGUGGCCCAAGCCACGACCGAAGCCUCAUGAUACGGCAGCGGAGUUUAAUCCGGUGCUGCUUAUACCGGGGAUUGGAGGCUCUAUUCUGAACGCGAUCAGCAACGACGGGAAGAAGAAGGAGCGGAUAUGGGUCCGCCUCUAUAACGCGGAUCAGGAGUUUCGUACCAAGCUAUGGUCCAAGUACAAUCCCGAAACAGGCAAGACGGAGUCGCUGGACCGCGAGUCGCACAUCGAGGUGCCGGACGACAACCACGGGCUCUACAGCUGCGACAUCCUCGACCCCGAUGUCUCGGUACCGGUGGACGUGGUGUGCUACUACCACCACAUGGUCGUCGAGAUGCGCCAGUGGGGCUUCAAGGACGGCGAGUCGCUCUUCGGCUUCGGCUACGACUUCCGCCAGAGCAACCGGCUGCCCGAGACGCUGGAGCGGCUGCGCGCGCGGCUGGAGGCGAUAGUGGCGGCGACGGGGCGGCGGGUGGACGUGGUGACGCACAGCAUGGGCGGGCUGCUCUUCAAGUCGCUCGCCGCGCUGCACCCGGCGGACGUCAAGCGCCUCGUGCGCAAGUGGGUCGCCAUCGCCGCGCCCUUCAGAGGCGCGCCGGGGUUCAUCAUGGACACGCUGCUGACGGGCGUGGAGUUCCUCAAGGGCUGGCAGAAGUCGCUCUUCAUCUCCAAGUGGACCAUGCACCAACUGAUGGUGGAGUGCCCGUCGGUGUACGAGCUCAUGGCGGACUACGACUUCCACUGGGGCGGCAACAAGCCCGAGCUCAGGGUCGUGCGCCGCCGCCCGGGGGACAACAAGGUGCAGGGCGCGCAGGAGGGGAGGGACGGUGGAGGGGCCGCGUGUGGCGGAGGGGACGCUGAGGGGGGCGGCGAAAGCGAGAGCGAGAGCGGCAGCGAGAGCGGCAGCAGCAGCGACAGCGCGAGCAGCAGCGGCGAGGCGAGCAGCGUGGCGGACACGCUGUCGCUGUCGGGGGGUGGCAGCCCGGAGAGAGCUGCUGGGGAGGGAGCGAAAGAGACUCUGCUGGGCGGCGGUGUGAAGGAGGGCCUAUUGGGCGAGGGCGUGGUGGAGCAGCGCUUCACACACCUGCCGGACAUCCUCGACGCCAUGGACCGCGCGCUGCAGGACAACAAGAUCGAGGUGAACGGGCGCACCGUGCCGCUGCCGUUCAACCGGGACAUCGUGCGGUGGGCGGACGAGACGCGGCGCAUCUGGGCCAAGGCGCGCCUGCCUCCGUCUGUGGACUUCUACACCAUCUAUGGCACGGGCCUCGACACGCCCUUCCACUCGCAGUACGGCUCCCCCAAGGACCCGCUCAACGACCUGCCCGACAUCCUGCACUCCGAUGCCACCUUUGACUGCGUGCAUGGCGACGGCACUGUUCCCAUCGAGUCCGCCCUGGCGGACGGCUUUCCUGCCCGAUUCCGUGUGGGCGUGCCGGGCGCGGAGCACCGGGAGCUGCUGCGGCUGCCCCGCGUGUUCAGCCUGCUGCACUUCUUCCUGGAGGUCAAGGGCAAGGACCCCCUCUACGACCCCCUCUCUGACUUCGUCAUCGUGCCACGCCCGCCCAAGGGGGUGCUGGAGGGGGGGGGGGAGGAGGAGGAAGAGGAAGAAGACGAGUGCCAAGUAGGUUUGAUGCAAGGAAAGAGGGGAGGGGAUGCGGAGGAGGGGAGGGGAGUAGGGGACGAGAAGGGGGGUUGCACAGUGGGGGUGAGAGUGGAGGUGGCGGGGCAGGCAGUGCAGGCGGUGGUGUGCGAGUCCGAGGCGGGGAAGGGCACUGUUCGCGUGUCGCUCACCAGCAUCUCGCCAUCCCCUGACAGGGCGGAAGUGUCGUGCUGCUUUGGCAUCUGUUGAUGCUUGCAGUUUGAGCAGUUGGCCAGUGACUUUCUGUUUCUCCGUGCUGCCCUCAAGGGCGUGGCAAGCUCCGGUCCGGUGUUCAUGCAGCAGAGGAUUACAAUUUCUGAAUUCAAAACGCGAGACAUCAGUAGCUCUCUUUGGUUCUCCAUGUGCAUAUACAGUACCCUCAAGUUUCUUGUUAGGAUUAGCUUGCUUUUCUUGUUUCUUGUAUAUAAUUCUUUUUUAUUGAACUGCUCCUGCUUCCCACUACCCGUUUCAACAAUAUCGG